GCCCACCACGACGACGACACCUUGCAUCUCCCAGAUCGCAGCACACUCAACCACGGCGUUCGCCCCAUCACAGACACUUGCCCUGCCGUCCAAGAUGCGAUUACCCGUCAUCACCGUGUCCAAGUUCGUCGGCACCGUCUCGCUCGGCCUGCUAACGGGCGUGUCCUACACGCUGAGCAGCCUCGCGCUGCCCUCGCUGCUCUUCCUGCCCACCGCCCCCGCCGCCGCGCAGACGCACGCCUACCUUAAGCAGCGCGCCCGCCGCACCCAGAAGGUGCUCUCCGCCCUCGCAAUCUCCACUCUCUCCUUCGCGUACCUGCUCUCUCCCAGCCGCGUAAAGCACCCCUACCUGCUGUGGACCUCGCUCGUGUGCGGCGCCGGCCUGUCCCCCGUCCUGCACAGGAUCGUCGGCCGCUACCUCGGCUCCGAGGACGUGGCGGCCCGCGGCAGGAUCGAGAUGGAGGAGAGCGGUGUGAUCGUGACCCCGCCUGCGAGCGGCAGCUCCGAGAGCGGCGACGAGGACGCCUCCGUCAACGGCGAGGUCGUUCGGAGAGGCGUCGAGCGCGGCCGUGUCGUCGAGGCCGCCAGGGCCGGCGUCUUCGGCCUAUCCUUCGUCAUGGCCGUCGUAGGCCUCUGGGGAGACGGUGCCUGAUUCCGUCGCGAGUGACGAGCGGACAAAAAAGAAACCGCGCCGCCUGACUGCAAGACUCGAAUGACUUCUACGUACGCUGAUCGCAUGAACGCGACGACGAAUGCAUGUGGUGUUUUGGGACGGUGGGGAAAAGGGGGCGCCGAUCCCGUCUCUUUCGAAUGGCGCGUCACUCUUGCAAAGAUCAAAGACAAAAAUGAUCACUGUUCGCUGCUGCUUCUGCUGGACUGGAAACGCGGAAAGGGAACCAAAAGAGUGGAAAGAUCGGUUUCAAUCAGGUUUCUGGCUUCGGGAGAUGGGCAGGCGGCAAGGCCCACCGUGUAUGAUUGGAGUUUUAUUCCCAGCUCUGCCCUUUUUUUUUUUCCUGUUCUCUACUUGCGAGACACACACAAACAUAUAUAUAUAUAUAAAAGACAAGCCCUCAACCCAACACAACAUGUACUUCUACAAAUACCAAAAAAAACCCAGGGUUUUCUUCCAAGA